AUGGCUUCGCUUGCAAAGACUAUCGUGGCGACCGGUGUCUCUUCGGGAUUGGGUUUGGAAGCUAUCAAGCAGCUCCUCGAGCAGACCCAGCCCUACAAGGUCAUUCUCGGAGCGCGAAACAUCCAAAAUACGCAAAAGGCAUAUGACGAGCUGCAGUAUGACCGGGCGGCAAAUGGGGUAACCAUCCUCCCUCUUGAUCUGUCCGACUUGAAGGGAGUCAAGUCAUUCGCCGAGAAGACACUUGAGAAGCUUGGUCAGGGCAAGAUUGACUAUUUGCUGCUCAAUGCGGGUAUCAGCAAUGGUUCUGAAGGGCCUGGACCUCAUGGAUCCAAGUGGUGUGAGGCUCACAUCGUGAACCACCUGUCACAACAUUAUCUAGUCCACCUCCUACGAGAGAAGUUGGUUGAGUCCAAGUCGAGGAUAAUAUUCGUGUCCUCUGGCGCAGUGCGCAACGUGCCCGACCCCAGCGUUCUUGACACCGAACUAAAGGCCGGCUCCGGCAUGUCUGGAAGAACCACCUACCCUCAGACUAAAUUCACUGCCCUCCUCGGCGCACACUGGUGGCGUCGCCAGCUCGCGGACACAAACGACGUCGUCGCCGUCUCCCCGGGCCUCAUCCCCAGCACCGGUAUCGGUCGCGGAAGCGGAAUGAAGCUGACCCACGAGAUGCCCGACGCCAAGAGCGUUCCCGAAGGUGCGCAGAGCAUCCUUCGGGCUUUCACGCGAAGUGACUUUCCCGAAGAUCCUGACCGUAUCUUCCUGACGAGCUGGGGUGAGUGGUGGGAGAAGAGUGUGAUUGAAAAGACUACGGACAAGGCCCUCCAGGACAAGUGGUGCCCCAGCAAGGAGGAGAUUGAAAGGGACGAGGGAAUCUCGGCGUGA